AUGGGUUCCCUGGGUAUGGAGAAUGGAGGGGUAGCUUCACUUAGUGGGGCAUCUGCUCUUCAAUCACGAGUUAAGAAAGAACCUCUGCCGGAGCUUCCUCUUUCUGCUACCUCUCCUGACCAGAUUGACUCCACAAUUGAGCAAUUGCGAAUAAAAUCUGAACCGCUGUCAGAUACUCAAUUAUCUCCUGUUUCCGAAAAUACCGAAGUUUCUAUAAAAGAGGAGCCGGAUAUUAAAGAUAAUGACAAUAUUGACAUCUUAUCGAUUGAGCCUCAGUUCGACCAUAAAGAUGCCAUCAAAAAGCUGUUGGAUAUUAAUAUGGGACCUGGAUUUAACGUCUCAGAUAUCAAUACUGAACCUACGUCUGCCUUUAGAACACUCCAGGAGAUAAAAGGUACUGUCAUAACGGCAGCUGUUUCUUCCAAGAAUGGUCAUCAGCCAAAUCUUGAGAACUGGCGAAAAGUCAAGAUCUUUCUUUGUGUUAUCUCACGCAUCGAUCCGGUAGAACCAAAGUUCAGCAAGCCUCUCAAACUCAAGGACGUCCUCGAACUCUUUGCCAAUCCAUUGUUCAAGUGCCCCAAAGAAUACUCCAGCAUUGCAAAAGCCCUGAUCGAUAGAAUUGAGGCUCAAAAUGGUUUCGAAGCUCCCCCGCCACCUCCACCUCUACCAGCAGCACCAUUGGCUGUCGACCCACAAUCUGCUAAUGCAAAUAAAAACAAGAAGCGAAAGUCAGUCGACGAGUCUCCUAUCUCUUCGAAAAAACCUAGGGAUAAUUCGACCUCCGAAGACAACUCGGCUCUUAGAAAUUCGACCUCUGGCCCUGUAGCCCCCGUUCAGUUACCGCCUUCCAAUCAUCUUAUCUGGGGAGAUAGCGGUAUAAUGCGUGGCUGUCUUCUCAACUUGUCUAUCAGAAAAGAUUUCAAGGCUAAAGAUUGUAAGAUAUAUGGUCACAACGGUCUUACUGUCGGGGAUUGUUGGGCCAGACAAAUAGCUGCGCUUCGAGAUGGUGCUCAUGGCGCUCCACAAGCUGGAAUCGUCGGAGAUGUAGAGGAAGGAGCUUAUAGUAUCAUAAUUUCCAAACACUAUGAAGGAUUCGACGUGGAUGAGGGUGAUACUAUCGAAUAUUCUGCCCCUGGAGCCAUAGAUUCCACGGCAAAAGAACCUGAAUCGACAAAGCACGGUGUCAUAGUCUUGAAACGAUCAAUAGUGACCAAGAAUCCAGUUCGUGUUUUGAGAACUGCCGGCUGUGCGUGGAAAAAUGGGCCAGCUAUGGGUAUCCGAUACGAUGGGCUCUAUAGGGUCAUCGAGGGCAAAGUUGGAACUAACGGAAAGGGAGGAAAGUAUUGGAGAUUCACACUAAAGAGACUGCGCCGGGUUGAUGGAAGUGAUCAGGUUCCUAUCAACAUUAGUAGACCUACUAAGGAGGAAGUUGGUCUGUUUGAGAAGGUCAAGGAGGGUUAUUGA